CCAUGGAAAGGGCCUCACAAAAACAUGGGGAAUGAAAUUGCACAAAAUGUCAACAAUUUCCCAGUCGACGAAGCAGACGCCUGCUUGCUGGAUAUCCUCCCCAAUGAAUUACUACUAUAUUUGCUUAGGUUCCUUCCAACGAUAGAUUUGUUAUCGAUUUGUAAGGUAAAUCGCAGACUAAAUGACAUUUGCGUGGAUUCAGCUUUGUUGAGAUAUGCUGAUUUUCAAAAAUGCUACCGUGUGACUCCCCACGCGCUUGAAGAAGUGGCAUGUCAUUCCAAGCGAACAACAGUCCAAAGUUUGAACAUCUCUCACUGCUUUUGGCUGACGGGCCACCAGACACACAUAGGUGCUCUGAACCCACUCAUGCCACACUUGGAAUGUCUUGACAUCCGGGGGAUUUCCGUGUCCCUGAAGACCCUGAAUCGGAUAUUGUCCUGUGCCAGGUCCCUCAGGUCACUGUCCUAUGAACAUCCAGGGCUGGUGCAGUCAAGGCAGUUCAGCAAGCAGGCCCUGGCAACCUGGUCUCAGCUCACUGAGCUGAACGUAGUCGUCACCAGCAACUGCCUGCAUGGCGCCAUUUUCUGGCUGUGCACAGGCCUGCGAGCCUUCAGCCUGGCCACUUCGCACCAGGCGCUGGGGUCACACACCUGCCUGUGUGACGAUUUGCUGUUCAGUAGACUUCCCCUGCACCAGCUGGAGUACCUGUCGGUUGCUGAGGAGGCCGCUGCCCAGCACCCGCGGAGUUGCCAGUGGAAAUUCUUACGGUGGAGAGUGCUCCUGGGCCAGAUGAAAGCCCUGUGUGUCUUGCCCUCCCUCCUGGCGGGGAACCUGCGAGAUGCACCAGACUGGGACACGGAUCCAGGAUGUGCCCCAAUCCUGUCCCUGGAGAUGGACACUCACUGCCACUUUGCCACCUUGGAAUCCCGCAGACUGCAGAGCAUUCGGCACCUUGGUGUUGAAUUGAAACACAGAUGCCUGACACAUGAGUUCCUCACUUCGAUAAGCAAGUUCUCUCAUUUGAGAAGUCUGAACAUAAGUGGGUUCUUUGCAUACACGCACAACAGGGUUUUCAAAGACAAGGAAGAUUUUUUAAUGCUCGUUAAGGUUCUUGUGGAGGCACAGAUCCCAUUGGAACAUCUGAAUAUGAGCAAUAUCAGAAAGGGGUACUUGCAUGAACAGGGCACAACCAAUUGUCUUGGCUUACAAAUUGGGCAGUUGAGAGGUCUGAAAUCUCUAGCAUUGCCUAUAUGUGGGCUAGCAGAUCAAAGUAAAUCACAACCAGUUUGGAUGAUGUCAUCGCAAGAAUCAGCCAAUCCCAAUGGUGUACUUGAUUACCAUACCACUAGUUCCAAUAAGCGCCAGCGAGUUGGUUCCAAGGCCUGCACAUACAUCAUGUGUGAGAAUUGCGUGGCUGAAGUUGAGUGCCCAGCUGGUCAAAGAACACUGGCAGAGGACAGUACCACUAACAGUGGUAGGUGCAUCUACUGUGGCAGUAACCUGGCCCAGGUUGUCAGCGGCACACCCCUGAUGGAAUGUUUGGACCUCCAAGGUGGAAGGUGUACUCUUCCAUUGAGUGUGUCAAUCGGCUCACUGGGGGAUGAAUCCAAAAGUGCACCCUGUCCCCCCUCGAGUUUUCCCUCGGUGUCGGAGGACACCCUCCUGUGCAUCUCUCGCUGGACCCGCCUCCGUUCCCUGGUGCUCGGCCACUUGCCCACCUUCCUCCAUGGCCAUUCCCUGGUAGCCAUUGCCAAACACUGUAAGCAACUGAGACAUCUUUCCCUGAUCCACCUGGGUCGCAGCGGCCAGUGCCAAUUUCUUGCGGGACUGUGCGAGGCGUUGUCGUUAGCCAACUGUCUGGAGGACCUCAAGUUGGAGCAUGACAACAUUGACGGCGUGUCGCGGUUGUUUCAUGCAUUAGAGAAGUGCCCAUCCAUUACAAGGCUCUGUGUUGUCUCCAAGAAUGGAAGUGUGAAGCUAGAUGAUGUGAUCAGGUUGUUUGACCACUGUCCAAAGCUUGUUGUGUUGUUUCUGCUGUGCUCUCUGACGGUCGCAGCAUGUAAGAGUCUAAAACAGGAGCUCACUCUCAGGUUUGGGGCUGAUCGGCUAGCACUGCGCCUCGCCAUUGGUAAAUAUCCGUCCAACAAAGACUCGCUCAAGGAGUGCCUCAAGGGAAUGCCUGACGUCCACAUCAGGGAAGUCUUCCUGGGCAGUGAGGUAGCUGCACCGCCCUCAUGGGAUGAACUGCAAGCAGACAUCCAACAGGAGGCCAGGGAGUAGACUGGAUGACCGACCUCAACCAGGAAGCAUAGACUUUGCAGUCAAUUUCACUGUUCUUCAGUGCUUGGAAAUGGGCCCGAUGUAAACUGUAUUUGUUUAGAAAAGAUAUAGGGGUUACCAAAAAUCAUGGUAUACUGCCUGUAACCGGUACUCUGUGUUUGUUUUUGCUUAGCACAUAAGUUGGCCACACAAUAUUUCUUGCCGUGCAGCUCUGUGAAAUGGGUUCUUGUUAAAACCUGACUUAACUCCAGCAGCCAGUUUCAGAGGCCUUUACCCUAUGACAGAACUUCACUCACGCCUUAAUUGACUGUGUUACUUGUGCAGUUCAGAAACGUCUUAUGAUAGUAAUGAGGUGCCUUUCCAUUUGCACGUCAACACUUGCACAAAGCGUUGUGUAUCCGUCAAAAUUGCUCCCAGGGCGAUUUUGAUGGCUGAACA